AUGUCUAACCACCGUAAUCUCAAAGAUUUAUUUCCUACUAAACUUAAUUUAAUUAAGGCAAAACCUGUAAGAUAAUAUACUAAUAUAAUAAAGGAAUCAUUUAAUGAGCAUUCUAAAUAAAUUAACAAAUUUCCAUUAGGAUUAAGUUAAUUUACUAGUUUUUUUUAAAUUGCUUAGAAAACUACUAAAAAUAGACAAAGUCCAUCUUCUUAAAGGAGUGUAACACCUACGAAAGUUAAGAUAAUGUAAUUGAAUAUGCCAAAAUAAGAUCAGUCGCAUUAUCAAAUUUAAUCCAAGCAUUCUAGGAAUUAGAGUGCUAUAAACAUUAAUAGUAGUAGAAACAAUUCAUUUCAUAAAGAGAAGUAUGAUAAUAUAUUUUUAAUCUAAGUUCUCGAGGUAAUAAUAUAGUUUUAUCUAAAUUAAUGUCAUAAGAUUAUUAAUAAGACUCAUAAAUAUAAUCGCAUAAUUAAUCAAAAGAUUAGUCCCCUCUCGAAUCUACUUGUUUUGAGAAUCUUAAUAUUAUAAAUAGAAACACUGCCCGAAAAAAUUCUAGAUCUCCAAAUACUACAGUCUAAAAAAUAUCUUCAUUUAUUUAACCAAAAUUUUCGAGUGUUCAUUAAACUAGAUAAUUAGAUAAUUAAUUCAAAUAAUAAGACAGUUUAAUUAAAGAAAAUAAUACUAUUGAUAAAUUAUGUCCAAACAUUAAUUAAGUGCCUUAGAUUAGUAUUUAACAAUAGGAAUUAUAAGUCCCUUAUAAAUAUAAAUACUCCAAAGGUUUUGAGAAUAUUUUUAAUUCUAUGAUGAAUUUUCAACAUCAAUCUAGAUAAUAAAAUUCUAAGAGGUCAAUCAAAUAAAAUGAUUUAAUCGAUUCAAAUGAUAAUGAAUUAGAAAAAUUAGUGUUAGAUUGUAAUAUCUAAGUAAAUAAGAAUAGUUUUCAAUUUCAUUAUGUUAUUGGGAAAGGUGGGUUUGGAAAAGUAUGGAAAGUUGAAAUUAAGAAAUCUAAAUAAUUAUAUGCAAUGAAAGAAAUGUCUAAAGCAAAAGUAAUUGCUAAAAGAAGUGUUAAUUCAGUUAUGAAUGAACGAAAUCUUUUAGCAGAAUAUAAACAUCCUUUCUUAAUUAAUAUGAAUUAUUGUUUUUAAGAUAGACACAAUUUAUAUUUAGUGAUGGAUUUAUUAACAGGUGGUGAUUUAAGAUAUCAUAUAAGUAAAAUGAGAAGAUUUAAAGAAUAUCAAACUAAAUUCUUUAUAGCUUGUGUUAUAUUAUCAUUAGAAUAUUUACAUAAUAAUAAUAUAAUUCAUAGAGAUCUUAAACCAGAAAAUUUGGUUUUGGAUAAAUAAGGAUAUGUUAGAUUAACAGAUCUUGGAAUUGCCAGAACAUGGAAACCAGAUAAUUCUUAAGAUACCAGUGGUACUCCUGGGUAUAUGGGUAUCUAUCUAUUUCAAAAACUUUUUAGCUCCAGAAGUAAUGUGUAGAUAAAAUCAUACUAUUGCUGUUGAUUAUUUUGCUUUAGGAAUUAUAGGUUAUGAAUUUAUGUUGGGAAGAAGACCUUAUAAUGGAAGAUCAAGAUAAGAAAUUAGAGAUUAAAUACUUACAAGAUAGAUCUAAAUUAAAAAAUCAGAAAUUCCUAAUGAUUGGUCUAUUGAAGGAGCUGAUUUUAUUAACAAAUUAAUAUAAAGAAAACCAAUCAAUAGAUUAGGCUUUAAAGGACCAGAUGAAGUUAAAAAUCAUCCUUGGCUUAAAAAUUUUCCAUGGUCAAAACUUCUAAAUAAAGAAAUCUAAUCUCCUUAUAUUCCAAAAGUAUAAUAUAAUAUUUUCAUUUAGGAAAUUGAUGACAAUAUUGAAUAUUUAAAUUAAAUUAGUGAAGAUAAUGAUAGUCAAGAUGAUUUAAUUAAAGAAAAUAAAAUCCUUCUUAAAAAAAAUUCAGUCUAAAAUCUAUUUAGUGGUUAUAGUUAUGAAAAUAAUCUCUCCAAAAAUACAAAAAGCACUUCUAAUACACUUUUUUUAGGAUGA